CAAGGCCACUUUUCUGCUUCCGCUUCCGGCGCUGCGGCGGUCCAGAUCGAAGAUGGCUGCGGCAGCUGCGUCCCGGGUUUCUGGGCUGCUGGGUCGGUCCCGGGCACAGCUGGGGCGGCCUAUGUCGAGUGGCGCCCACGGCGAGGAGGGCUCAGCUCGCAUGUGGAAGGCCCUCACCUACUUCGUCGCGCUCCCCGGGGUGGGGGUGAGCAUGCUGAAUGUCUUCCUGAAGUCGCACCAAGGGGAGCACGAGAGACCCGAGUUCGUCGCCUACCCCCAUCUCCGCAUCAGGUCCAAGCCCUUUCCUUGGGGAGAUGGUAACCAUACUCUAUUCCAUAACUCUCAUGUGAAUCCGCUUCCAACCGGCUAUGAAGAUGAAUAAAGGGAACCUGGACCACUGCCCAGUGGGGACCACAGCACUGGUUUGGACCAUUACUCUGCACAUGGACCAGAAAAGUGUACGGGACCUUAAGCUCACCUUCUUCACUUGUAUCAGAUGAUGACCAAUAUCCUGACCUUCCGUCCCUUUGCUUAUGGCAGGAGAUGGCUUAAAUAAAUAACUUAGAUUAGUCAUGA